ACGAUUUCUCUAAGUUUCACAUAAGUGGUCUCAUUUCUGGCGUUGGGUGGUUCAUUGGCCUCCCGCCAUUCGAACUUUCGAACGCUCCUUCUCUGCAUUUGCCCAUCUCCUCUCUCACUCCCUCUACUUUCUCCAAUUAUCUUUACAGCAACAGCAUGAGUUCCAAUCUAGGUGGAAAGGCCAUUGAUUUGUGGUCCGAGUUAAUAGCCAGCGAGGGAAGCGACCUCCAAGAAGAAGCCCCAGUAGAAGAGGUUUAUAGACGAAGAAAGCCAACCCAGAAGACCGUUCAUCCCCUUCACCCGAAGCAAAACUUGGGUUCCAAUGGUUGCAAUGUGAACAGAGUGAGUUUAGCUGCUGUUGACAGUAAGAGAAUUAGUUGGAACCGUGCCCUUUCCAUCAGAGGGAGGGUGAGUAUUGCAAUUGAGGCUUGUAUAGAUCGUCAGCGACAACAUAAGCAGGCAAAGAGAAAAGGAAAGCCUGCUCUUCCUAAAGGAAAGUAUGUACAGCCUACAAACUUUGACAAGGAGCGUGCAUACUUUCAAGAGGUAGAUGCUUUUGAGUUGUUGGAGGAGAGCCCUUCCCCCAAGAGCUUCAGUACAUGGACAAGCAGCCAGUUUGAUAGUUCUACAAUACCAUCUCUAUGCUCUAGAAUAGAAAAAUGGUUAAUUUCCAAGAAAUCAAAUUACAGUCUUGCACCUUCUAGCACGUUAUCAAAGAUAUUAGAGACUCCACUGGGGUCCAUUGAACCAAUUGGUGGACUUCAUUUGGACAAAUUAAAAUUGAAAACUCCUGAGGAGUCAGCUAGAGAUAUAGAUGCGCACUGGUGCUCUAUUCAGAGAAGAUUUAUUUUCAGUAUAAAUGAUAUCGAUGCCCUUGGAAUAGAUAGCAAUGACAACAGAAGUAACAGAGCAGAAGAAAUAAGAACUGAGGAUCGUGAAGAUAUUGAAGUUGCUGUGAAGAAACUUUCUUUAACAUCAACAUCUACUUCUUUCCAUAAAUAUGAUUUGGAUCCACUUAAUGCAUUAUUAGCAGUUUGUGGACAGUCAGCUCCUUCCACGCUUAAAGAUGCUUUCUCUAAUUAUUGCGACCUGGAAACUAUUGUCAAAGUUGGUGAAGGUACGUAUGGAGAAGCUUUCAAAGCUGGUAACACCGUUUGCAAGGUAGUUCCAAUAGACGGAGACUUGCAAGUUAAUGGAGAAACACAAAAGAGAUCAGAAGAACUUCUGGAGGAAGUCAUACUUUCCAGAACUCUGAAUUCUUUAAGAAGUAACGAGGGCAGUGCUGAUAACUUCUGCACAACAUUCAUACGAACCAUAGAUUUAAGGGUAUGUCAAGGUUCUUAUGACGCUGUACUAGUCAAGGCUUGGGAAGAUUGGGAUGAAAAGCAUGGUUCAGAAAAUGAUCACCCGAAGGAAUUUCCGGAGAAACAGCUUUAUGUUGUGUUUGUUCUCCAACAUGGGGGAAAAGAUCUUGAAAGCUUUGUACUCCUAAAUUAUGAUGAGGCCCAAAGCUUAUUAGUACAGGUAACUGCGGGUCUGGCUGUAGCUGAAGCUGCUUAUGAAUUUGAACACCGAGAUCUGCACUGGGGAAAUGUACUUUUAAGUCGGAAUGAUUACGAAGCGUUGCAGUUCACCCUUGAGGGUAAGAACAUGACCGUACAAACAUUUGGACUUCAGAUUUCGAUAAUCGACUUCACUUUAUCGCGAAUUAAUACUGGUGAAGACGUACUCUUUUUAGAUCUCUCCUCAGAUCCUUAUCUCUUUAAAGGUCCAAGAGGAGAUAGACAAUCAGAAACAUAUAGAAAAAUGAAGGAGGUGACCGGAGACUGCUGGGAGGGGAGCUUUCCUAGAACGAACGUCCUGUGGUUACUCUACCUUGUGGAUAUAUUACUUCUGAAGAAAUCAUUCGAGCGUAGUUCAAAACAUGAAAGGGAACUGCGUGCAUUCAAGAAACGUCUGGACAAAUAUACUUCAGCAAAAGAAGCAAUUUAUGAUCCAUUUUUCAGUGAGUUGAUUGUUUGGUCUAGCAGCGUGGAGUAGAGCUGGAUGAUUUGGACUUUUCCAACAUGAUGUAGAAUGAAGUCCUGAAAUGUCAUUGCAUAAACUAUGUACUGAUAUCAUUUGCACCAAUAUUUUGUAGGAUAUUGCCACCUGCGGUGGAUCUAAUCAUGUAAAUAAAUCACGGUAUUUAUAACGUUUAAGAAAAUGUAGACCAAAUUUACAGAAAUUGUAGGUAUAAUGGCAAAAGGUUUAUUUUAAUAA